AGGAAGCGGAAGUGAGGUAAGAGUUCGCGGUCUCGUGACCGUUGCUGAGCUGGGUCGCCGUUGCGAGCGAGCAGGGUUGUGUGGCGCGCGAGGGCGAUGGCAGCGGGGUAUCAGUAUCGGCCCGGCGCGGGGCCCGGCGCCCCGGGUAUGCAGGAGCCCAACUUCCUGUGGGGCGUGUUCCAGAGGGUUGAUAAAGACAGGAGUGGAGUAAUAUCUGACAGUGAACUUCAGCAGGCAUUAUCCAACGGAACAUGGACUCCAUUUAAUCCAGCAACUGUCAGGUCAAUUCUGUCCAUGUUUGAUAGAGAGAACAAAGGUGGCGUGAACUUCAAUGAAUUCACUGGAGUCUGGAAGUAUAUCUCAGAUUGGCAGAAUGUUUUUCGAACGUAUGAUAGAGAUAAUUCUGGAAUGAUUGAUAAAAAUGAACUAAAGCAAGCACUAACAGGUUUUGGAUAUCGACUAUCUGAUCAAUUCUAUGAUAUCCUCGUUCGGAAAUUUGACAGACAAGGAAGAGGACAAAUUGCUUUUGAUGACUUCAUUCAGUGCUGUGUUGUGUUGCAGAGGCUGACUGACAUAUUCAGGCGCUAUGAUACUGAUCAGGAUGGCUGGAUUCAAGUGUCUUAUGAACAAUACCUUUCCAUGGUCUUCAGCAUUGUAUGACAGUGACCAGUGCAAAUGAGAUUGACCAUUAGCGAUACAAAGACUGGAGUUGCCAAAUCUUGUCACUUACUGAAUAUGACUAAAAUGGAUAUAACUUGUUUCGAUUCUCUUACAUUGUGAUGUCACCAGCUUCAGAAUCUGUUUGUACUCAAGCUGCUCAGCUUUUAUGUUGUAUUACUAUAGCAACAAUGGCCAUAUCACCCCUUAGUGCAAAAUUUAGAAUUGUUUGUGAUGUCAGUGCUAAACACUUUUUUCCAGAUUAUCAUGCAUGGGAAAAAAUAUUUUUUUAGAAAUGCCAAAUUAAAGUAAUAAUGCUUGUUAAUUAAAAGGGAUGUAAAGGUCUGACAGAAGUUGCACAACGUGGUUUGCACGUGCCUUACUUUUUUUAUAAGGAUUUAAUGUAUUAAUUUUUAAUACAGAAUUUAAAACAGUAAAGACAUUAGACAAAG